AUGCUUUUCUCACGGCUUUUCAGCUUAGCUGCCUUUUCAGCGGGCCUGAGCGCUGCGGUGGAAUUGACUGGCUACGAAUAUGUGGUUGUUGGAUCCGGUGCUGGUGGCGGCCCUCUCGCGGCCCGACUUGCUCUUCACGGCCACAAGACACUCCUUAUCGAAGCCGGCGAUGACCAGGGAUUGAAUGAUAAUUAUACCGUGCCCGCCUACUCCGCCAAGGCCUCUGAAGAUGGAGCUAUGGCAUGGAACUUUUUCGGCUCAACCCCCCCGAAAGGCUCGACCAUGAAGGGUACAUUGUAUCCUCGCACUGGCACUCUAGGUGGGUGUACCGCACACAAUGCUUUAAUCACGGUUUACCCCCACGAAUCGGAUUUUGACUAUAUCUCCACCCUCACUGGCGAUGGUUCUUGGUCUCCCGAUAACAUGCGCAAAUACUUCGAGCGCAUGGAGAACAAUAAGUAUGCUCUUCCAUUGCUUCCUGGCCACGGCUAUGAUGGAUGGCUAGGUGUUGAAGAGGCACCUAUUAGUAUUGUCCUGGAAGAUCCGCAGCUUUUGAGUAUGCUUCUCGGAGGUGCAUUUGCUCUGGGCAACCAGACUAACUCGAUAUUUAACCUUGGAACCUUGCUCGCCGGCGACGCUAAUCGUGAUGCUAAAUCGCGUGACACUACUCCUGGAUACUAUCAACUCCCCAUCGCCACCGACGGCAGCAAACGUAACGGCCCCCGCGAGUUCCUGGUUGCUGUCCACGGUGCCAAGAAUGCCGAUGGCUCAAAGAAGUACCCUUUGGACAUCAGGACCAACUGCCACGCGACCAAGAUCACAUUUGACAAUUCAACUACACCGCGCGCUACUGGAGUUGAGUUCCUGGAUGGCAAAUACCUCUACCGCGCGAGCCCUCGCUCUGCAACUGCCGGAAAGGGAACGCCCGGAAGCGUUACUGCGUCUCGUGAAGUCAUCGUUUCUGGCGGUGUUUACAACUCCCCUCAACUUCUGAAGCUAAGCGGCGUCGGGCCUGCAGAGGAACUCGGAAAAUUUGGUAUCGACGUCGUGUCCGACCUCCCUGGCGUCGGCACAAAUCUCCAGGACCACUACGAAACUGCCGUCCAAGGCCACACGCCGAAGAACUUCACCGCGUUAAAAGGUUGUACCUUUAGCGUAAAUGGCGAGGAGGAUCCCUGCCUGGACCGCUUUAACAGCCCUAUCCUAGGCAACCGCGGUAUCUACUCAUCUGGUGGAUUUGCUGCUACUAUGUUCUACAAGAGUAGCGUUACAGCAGACGAUAGCUAUGAUGCCUUCGUAUUUGGAGGCCCCGUCAACUUCCGCGGUUAUUACCCCGACUACAGCAUUAACAUCACCGAACGCCAUGAUUGGUGGUCAUGGGCCGUUCUGAAGGCGCACCCACGCAACACUGCCGGCUCCGUGACGCUCCGCUCCGCGGAUCCUCUCGAUAUGCCAGAUAUCGUGUUCAAUUAUUUCGACACUGGAAGUGACGGUUACGAGAAAGACCUGACAGCAAUCACCGAGGCAAUUGGAGUUGCUCGUGAUGCGUUCCAUCGCCAGCUGGUUCCCAUUGAGGAAGUUCUUCCUGGAAAGGACGUGAACACGGAAGAAGAGAUCCAUGAUUAUAUCAAGAACACCGCUUGGGGCCAUCAUGCUUCGUGCACUUGCCCUAUUGGAACGGAUGACGAUCCUAUGGCUGUGCUGGAUUCAAAAUUCCGUGUGCGUGGUGUGCAGGGCUUGCGUGUUGUUGAUGCGUCUGUUUACCCACGCAUCCCUGGAACUUUCACUGCCGUGUCGACCUAUAUGGUGGCUGAGAAGGCGGCUGAUGACAUUAUUAAUGCUUUGUAA